AUGGGAUUGCAGGAUGAAAUCCUAACUUUAUACGAGGAAAUCUUGGCCACAACGAGAAACAUUCCGAAUUGUGAUACCAAAAUUAAAGAGGGCAUUUUUAUAAGGCUCCAAUUAGGACAAUUGAUGCUGGAUGAAAAGUUUUCUAAAACUAUGGAUAAAGAUAUUUUUGUAAGGCUCCAAAUAGGACAAUUGAUGCUGGAUGAAAAGUUUUCUAAAACUAUGGAUCAAUGUGAAUUUGCAGCAUGGGAUGCAUUCAAGAAGGUGUGCCAGGAAUUUCUUGAAAAACAUAAAGCAUCAAAUUAUGCUAAUCUGGUAGACGGAUUAAUUGCAUCCUAUCAACAAUUAGGUUGUAAUAUGUUUUUGAAGCUUCACUUUCUGCAUUCUUUCUUCUCUGCCAAUGGAGAUGUAUCUGACGAAUAUGGUAAGCGCUCUCAUCAGACUAUUGCUACAAUGGAACACAUAUACAAAGGUAAGUGGAGUCCUGCCAUGCUUGCAGAUUUCUGCUGGAAUUUGAAGCAUGAUGAACCCGAUGCAGCAUACAGACGCCAGACUAAAUAUAAAAUUAAAUACAAGUGA